CGCGGUUACAUAUAGAACCCCCUCACGGGACACAGCGGCUGCUUAAAUGGCUAGCUGCGAAAACAAACGAACAAAGCGGAGACUCAGACCUUAAAAAGUCGCUUUAACUGCUGGACAAUGAAGAACAAAGUAUGAGCGGUUGUUUAAAGGGAAAUAAUAAUGAUGAGAACACGGGGUGGAGCGUUUUUAAAGGCGGCUUGUGCAGCUCAGCCGAAGCUGCUAAAGGGCAUUCCAAGCAGACAGAUCCACAGCACAUAUGAUGUGGCCAUUGUUGGAGCUGGCAUUGUGGGCCUGGCCUCAGCCAGAGAGCUUAUCCUGAGACACCCGGCGCUGACCUUUGUCCUGCUGGAGAAAGAGAAAGAACUUGCUGUACACCAGAGUGGGCACAACAGUGGAGUCAUCCACAGUGGGAUCUACUACACGCCAGGCUCCCUGAAGGCUCGCCUGUGUGUACGAGGAGCAACUUUAGCGUAUGAGUACUGUGAGAAGAAAGGGAUCCCUUAUAAAAGAUGUGGAAAGCUUAUCGUCGCUUUGGAGCAGGAAGAGAUUCCCAGACUGAAAGCUCUGUAUGAACGCGGCUUAAAGAACAACGUGCGCGACCUCAGCGUCGUCGAUGCCAAGGGGAUCCGAGAGCGAGAGCCUUACUGCAGGGGGAUAAUGGCCUUGGAUUCGCCCUACACUGGGAUUGUGGACUGGCGGAUGGUGGCUCUCAGGUAUGGGAAAGACUUUGAGGAGGCAGGCGGCGCAGUCGUUACUGAGUUUGAGGUCAGAGAUAUUUCCGUGGUUCAGGAGAGUCCAGCUGGGAGCCAAGAGGGAAUGAAAUAUCCUAUUUCUAUAAGAGAUAAAAAUAAUAAUGAAGUGCAGUGUCGUUAUGUCCUGACCUGUGGCGGCCUGUACUCGGACCGUCUGUCGCAGAUAUCUGGAUGCAGUCCGGAACCGAGGAUCGUCCCCUUCAGGGGGGAUUAUUUGGUCUUAAAACCAGAGAAACACUACCUGGUCAAAGGAAACAUUUACCCUGUUCCUGACCCCCGCUUCCCCUUCCUUGGUGUUCAUUUCACUCCAAGGAUGGAUGGAAGUGUUUGGCUUGGCCCCAAUGCCGUCCUGGCGUUUAAAAGAGAGGGCUAUAACCUGUUUGACUUCAACGCACAAGACUUUGCAGAUGCUCUCUCUUUUAGAGGCCUUCAGAAGCUUAUAAUUAAGAAUGCAACCUAUGGAAUCGGGGAAAUGUACCGGGGAGUAUUCCUUGGUGCACAGAUCAAAAUUCUGCAAAAGUAUAUCCCUGAACUCUCUCUUACUGAUGUGCUCAGAGGUCCAACUGGAGUCCGAGCUCAAGCCUUGGACCGGGACGGGAACCUUGUUGAUGACUUUGUCUUUGACGGCGGGGUUGGAGAUUUGGGCAGUCGGAUUCUCCACGUGCGCAACGCUCCCUCCCCAGCUGCUACCUCUUCUUUAGCCAUCGCUGAAAUGAUUGCAGAUGAGGUGGACAGUCGCUUUAAACUGUAGAUGGAGAUCGGUGCGAUGAAACU